CGCCAGUAGGUUGAGUGUUGGUAGAAGGCAAGCGGGCGGGUAAGAGUGUUGCGCACACAAGGAGCCUGUAGUGUGACUUGGCUGCACUCUUCUACCGGGGGAACAGCAGCAUGGCACUUCCAGUCCUCAGCGAGGGGGCUAUCUCGGCUAUAUUGGGGGGCGAUUCUUCUUGCAAGCCAACUCUGCAAGUAAUUAAUAUCCGCUCAAUCAACACUGGGAAUGGUCCUCCACGUUACCGCCUUUUAAUGAGUGAUGGCUUGAAUACCCUUUCUUCUUUUAUGUUGGCUACCCAGCUGAACUUCCUUGUGGAUAACAAUCUUCUUGCCACAAACUGUAUAUGUCAAGUGUCACGGUUUAUUGUAAAUAAUCUGAAAGAUGGAAGGAGAGUCAUCAUUGUGAUGGAGAUGGAAGUUCUGAAAUCUGCUGAUUUAGUUAAGGGGAAGAUUGGCAAUCCACAUCCUUAUAAUGAUGGGCAAGGACCACCACAGCCUGCUGCACCUGCUCCAGCUUCAGCCCCACCGCCUAGCAAACCACAGAACAUUUCAGCUCCUCCUCCUCCAUCAAUGAACAGAGGAGCAUCUAAAUUGUUUGGGGGGGGAAGUGUUGUAAACACACCUGGGGGCUCUCAGUCCAAGGUAGUGCCUAUUGCAAGUCUCAAUCCUUACCAGUCCAAGUGGACUGUUCGUGCUAGAGUUACCAAUAAAGGUCAGAUCCGCACAUGGAGCAACUCCCGAGGGGAAGGGAAGCUAUUUUCAAUUGAGAUGGUGGAUGAGAGUGGUGAGAUCCGAGCUACAGCUUUCAAUGAGCAAGCUGACAAGUUCUUUUCCCUUAUUGAAGUCAACAAGGUGUAUUACUUCUCCAAAGGCACACUAAAAAUUGCUAACAAGCAGUACACCUCUGUGAAGAACGACUAUGAGAUGACUUUCAACAGUGAGACGUCUGUUAUUCCCUGUGAUGACUCUGCUGAUGUCCCAAUGGUGCAGUUUGAAUUUGUACCCAUUGGUGAAUUAGAAAGCAAGAAUAAAGAUACUGUAUUAGAUAUCAUAGGGAUAUGCAAAAACGCUGAAGAGGUAACCAAGGUCACAAUAAGAUCUAACAACAGAGAAGUUUCUAAGAGAAACAUUAAUUUAAUGGAUUCAUCUGGUAAAGUGGUCUCAACAACUCUGUGGGGUGAAGAUGCAGAUAAAUUUGAUGGAUCCCGACAACCUGUUGUUGCAAUCAAAGGAGCAAGGCUUUCCGACUUUGGAGGGCGAUCACUUUCAGUCUUAUCGUCUAGCACUGUAAUGAUCAAUCCUGAUAUUCCUGAAGCAUUCAAACUCCGUGCAUGGUUCGACUCUGAGGGGCAAGUUGUAGAAGGAACAUCUAUCUCUGAAUCUCGUGGUGGAACAGGAGGUGGAAACACAAAUUGGAAGUCAUUGUUAGAAGUGAAAACUGAAAACCUUGGGCAUGGUGAAAAGGCAGAUUAUUUCACUAGCGUUGCUACAAUUGUGUAUCUUCGAAAGGAAAACUGUCUUUAUCAGGCAUGCCCUUCACAAGACUGCAACAAAAAGGUGAUAGAUCAACAGAACGGGCUUUUCCGCUGUGAAAAAUGUGACAAAGAAUUUCCAAACUACAAAUAUCGUCUCAUCCUUUCAGCUAACAUCGCAGACUUUGGGGAGAAUCAGUGGAUUACCUGCUUCCAAGAAUCAGCAGAGAGUAUUCUGGGCCAGAAUGCAACUUAUCUUGGUGAACUUAAGGAGAAGAACGAGCAAGCCUAUGAUGAGGUGUUUCAGAAUGCCAACUUCCGUUCUUACACGUUUAGGAUUCGAGUUAAGCUAGAGACAUACAAUGAUGAAUCUCGUAUAAAGGCCACAGCAAUGGAUGUGAAGCCCGUUGACCACAAAGAAUACUCUAGAAGGCUGAUUAUGAACAUUAGGAAAAUGGCAGCUCAAGGUGUCUGAUUUGCCAUAAAGACCGUGAUAAAUCACUUAAAAGAUAUGGGAACGAAAAUAAAAUGUUUCAUGGAUGGACCAAUACUAAAGCACUGAAGCUUAAACUGCAUCAUCUUCAAAAUGAUAUAACCAUUAGCACUUGCUCCCCAGAGUGUCCAGCUAGACCAAGUGAGCCGGAAUAGAUAUAAGCAUACAUUCUUUUCAUUCUGCUUUCCUUAAAACUCUCAUCAACAAAGCAAAGCGUUCUCUACUGCUCUCAUGGAUGAGAAAAGGCCCCCAGCAGAAUCCCCAAGGGGGGGUGGUCAUUUGCAUUUGUCAUUGCUUACUGUUUAAUUCUGUAUGUAUCCCAGAUGCAGAGGAGGUAAUGGAAGAACUGGAUUGGACAUUUGUUUGCUUCAUUUUAAUUUUGAAUGCAUAAUUUGUGAGUGCCCUUCCUUUUGUGCAAGUAUGUAGUUACCUUUAAGGAAGGCUUCCUUUCUUUUGGCUUUAGGUGCCAUGAGUAGUAUAUUGUUUGGGGACUCCCUGUCUUCCUGUAAAAGACCUGGGGCUCCCAACCUCCUCUGCAAGUUUCUGCAUCAGCCGGAUGGAUGUGCCAUACUGUUUGCUAACGCUUGGAAUGACAAUAUGGAAGAAUUAUUAAUCAAAGACCUAUCUUUUCUAUCUGAAGACUUUCCUUCGGGGUUUAAUAGACUGAGUCAGAUGGCCCUGAUAUUAAUCAAAAUUCUCUCUUCUGAGGAGCUCUGAUAAGCAUUGACUCUCUGCCCCCUGGGGAAAUCUGGCCAACUACAAAGCUUUGCUUUAUUUUUCAUUUAAAUUAAUAUUUUGCUUUCUUACUCUCCCCUUUUCUUGACAGUGUGUAAUUGCCAAAGUUUGCCGUUUGUACAUUUACUGCUUCUCCUACACUUAAACUACUUUGCUAUUUUUUUUUUCUUUUCUCAAUGACUGAAUUAAUCGCUGUAGUUAUAAUGCAAAGAAAGGGGUUUCCUUUUAUCCCCUAAACAAAAUUAAAAGAAAAAGUUUAA